AUGCUUGAGGGGCUGGUUGCAAACCUGCUGAACAGGUUCCUGGGCAUGUAUGUCAAGAACUUUGAUGCGAAGCAGCUCAACGUAGGAAUAUGGAACGGAGAUCUCAAGCUUCGAAACCUAGAGCUUCGGCGCGAAGCCUUGGACCAAUUGCACUUCCCAGUCAACGUUGUCGAGGGUCAUCUUGGUCAGCUGACUAUGUCAAUACCAUGGACGAAUUUGCGGGGAAAGCCUGUCAGAGUAAACAUCGAAGACGUCUUUCUCUUAGCAGCGCCCAAGGAAGAUGCAGAAUACAACGAAGAUGAGGAGGUCAAGCGUGCCCACGAUGUGAAAAUGGAGAAACUUGAGAACGCUGAGUUAUUGAAACAGCGCAACGUUGAGGGUCAAAGUGCCGAGGAACAGCAGAAAACACAAAGCUUUACAGAAAGCGUCACGACUGCUGUCGUUGACAAUUUACAGAUCAGCGUCAAGAAUAUCCAUAUCCGCUACGAGGACUCUAUCUCUGCGCCAGGCCAUCCUUUUGCGCUCGGGUUUACCCUGAAAGAGUUCAGCGCUGUCAGUACCGAUGGCAAUUGGAAACCGAGUUAUGCCCAACCGACCUCUGACACGGCGCAUAAGCUAGCCGUCCUGAAUAGUUUCGCAUUUUACUGGAAUACAGAUGCAGAUCUGUUUGGCAGCGGAAGCGGGCAGAACAUUGGGGCCGAGGCGCAAGGUACAGAUCAUAAGUUGAUUAUCGAAAACUUUCAAAGGACUCUAGAGGAUGGACAAACUCACCAAUACAUGCUGAAGCCCGUGAGCGGUAGGGCCGCUGUAGAGCUUGACAAGACGGGUAAAACUGAGAAGCCCAAGGUCAAAGCACGACUGUUAUUUCAAGAGCUCGGUUUCGUUAUCGAUGAUGAACAGUAUCGCGAUGCAUUGAUGCUUGUAGAUCUCUUCCAUUAUUUCAACCGGCAUCAAGAGUACAAGAAAUUUCAGCCUAAAAGCAGCCCAAAAGAGGAUCCCAAAGGUUGGCUCCAAUUUGCGUUCACAUCUGUCCACUCCAAGAUACACGAGCGAAACAGGCGGUGGACCUGGGACUAUUUCAAAGAGCGGCGCGACGAUCGUAAGCACUAUAUCGAGCUUUUCAAGAAGAAGAAAAGGGACGAAAAGCUUUCAAGUGAAGAGAACGAAGAACUUACUAAAUUGGAAAAGAAGCUCGGGUACGAAGACUUGCGAUUCUGGCGCUCCUUGGCCCGAACCCAGCUACGGAAGGAAAAGGUCGGCGUAGAGAAGGCGCCGCCGAAGCAGACAUGGUCACAGUGGGCAUUCGGUUCUGGGAAACAAGCAUCGGAAACCCAGUCCGAAGAUACCACAAUGAGCGAAGAACAGAGACAGGAGCUCUAUUCAGCGAUUGACUGGGAUGACAAGAAAGCUAUUACCGAGAGCGUCGACGUGCCACGCGAGAGCGUCAAACUCCAGGUCGAGUCUGCCCUGAAAACUGGUAGCUUCACUCUCAAAAGAGAACCCCACGGUCAAGCCACCGAGAUCCUGGCCUUGAUGUUUGACAAUUUCCAAGCGAAAGCUCUUCAACGCCCAGAUUCUUUCCUAGCAGACGUCAGUCUUGGAGGCAUGCGUGUAGACGACGAUGUGGCUGCUGAGAAUGCGGAUCCCAAAUCCGAGAAGGCAAAGGAGGAGGUCGCGGAAGAUGCAUUAUUUCAUAUGGUUUUCGAACAAAACCCUCUCAACGGAAGCGCUGAUUCCGCCCUCAUGAUGAAGAUCAAGAGUGUAGAAGUCGUUUAUAAUCCACGGUUCAUUGUCGAAGUCGCCAACUUUUUCAAACCGCCAGAGCGACAUAUGGAGUCGAUUGGAGCUUUGCUAGAGACUGCCGGGGAGACGGUUGAAGGUAUUCGACAGCAGACUCGUGCUGGGUUGGAGUUUGCCCUCGAAGAGCAUAAGACCCUGAAUGCUAAUCUUGACAUUCAAGCACCACUAAUUAUCAUUCCAGAAAGCAUAACGGAAAAGAGUGCACUUUGCCUCAUUCUUGACGCAGGUCACGUCAGUCUGAGGAGCGAGCUUGUUGAUAAAGAAACAAUGCGUGACAUUCAGUCCAAACAGAAGAAGCAGUACACAGACGAUGAUUUCCGGCAAUUGGAGAGCUUAAUGUAUGAUAAAUUCCUGUUAAAGCUUGACUCUACCCAGCUCCUCCUUGGGCCUGGAAUCGAGGCAACAAAAGCUCAGCUGGAUGCAAAAGAUGACCCAAGCAAUCUCCACAUCAUUGACCGUAUCAACAUGGACUUUACCCUAGAAACUUCCAUAAUACCCAAAGCGAGCGACCUCACAAAAACACGCAUAUCCGGUCACCUUCCUGUUUUACACGCUUCAAUAUCUGACAAAAAAUACAAAAAUCUGAUGAAACUUAUCGAUAUUGCUAUUCCAAAAUUCGAAAGCGACGAGCCACUUGAUGGGAAGACGAAGGCACCUACCAGAAAAGGCCAACCUUCAAAUUCGGAAAGGUCGCGUGCUGACGAGGUGAUGGGUAGGCCUCGUUCCAAGUCUGUAUCAGCCGGCCACCGAGAGCUCGAUGUCGAGGAAGAUUCUGAGGCGGAGGGAGACUCGCGCAAACGGACUGGCAUCCAAAGAGCCGACACCCAGGAAGUGAACUUGCAUCAAAGGAAUUUUGAAUUCAAAUUCACAGUGGAAAGAUUACAGGGUUCCCUGUAUCGUGCAGACCCCGACGGUCGAAAGGCAGAUCAGCUCCUAGUCGAGCUUAUUGCGGAACAUUUUGAGAUGGAUUUCUAUCUGAGGCCUUAUGACAUGGUUGCCGAGGUUUUGCUCAAAAAGCUAAACAUUGAUGACUACAUUGAAGAAGACCCUAGCUCCGAAUUCAAGAAGAUAAUAUCCAGCGAGGGUUUUGACGCUAAAGGCGACAAAGAUCUCUUCAACGUGAAAUUUGUCAAAGUCAACGAUGAAUCGCCCGAGUUCGCAUCUACUUACGAAGGCAUCGCGACGAAUCUUGACGUCUCAGUAUCGACUAUCAACCUUGUCAUAACCAGGAGGACUUUGCUGACGCUGCUUGACUUUGUCCUCAUUACCUUUACAAGCCCGGAUCAAACGCCGCCUUCACAGAAGACUAUCGAGAAAGACACGGAAGAUAGCAAAGAGGCGCAAACAGCCGCUCCCGAUUCGACAUCAAAAGCCGACAAAAUACGAAUUAAAGCAGUCCUGCAGAGCGUCGCUUUCAUUCUCAAUAAUGAUGGGAUACGCCUUGCCACCCUAUCUCUUAAUUCCGCGGAUGUCGGCAUCUUGCUGGAUGGAGGCUCGAUGAACAUUGCGGCUCGCCUGGGAAAUCUUUCUCUUGUAGACGACAUCAACCAAGGAGCAUCUCCUGACUCAUCGCUUCGUAGGCUGAUCAGUAUAGAAGGUGACGAACUUGCAGAUUUCAAAUAUCAAACAUUUGAUUCUCGCAGUAAAUCGUACCCUGGAUAUGACUCAAAAAUCCACCUGAGAUCUGGCUCUAUCAAGGUCAAUUUCUUGGAAGAGCCUUUCAGGAAGAUUAUCAAUUUCCUAGUCAAAUUCGGACAAAUGCAAGCGAUUUUCAAUGCCGCCAGACAAGCAGCAGCAAAUCAAGCGAGUCAAUUACAAGAAUCGCAGAGCAAAAUGCGUUUUGAUGUGCUCGUCAAAACCCCAAUUCUAGUGCUCCCCCGUGCAAUGGUGGCAGAUAGACCUCGUGAUAUGUUAACCGCAUAUCUUGGGGAAAUCUAUGCUAGCAACCACUUCGCUAAGCUUGGAAAAUCCGGUCCUGAAGGCAAUAAGAUUACCGCGGGCAUAAGAAAUGUUCGCUUGACCUCAAUAUUUCAUUACGAAGAAGGAGACUUUGAAGAGCUCGAGAUGAUCGAUAAGGUGGAUCUAGAUUUCAAAGUCAUCUCCGCCGAACACCAGGCAGGCUCUAAGCGACCCGAUACGGAAGUGGAAGGUAAGAUGUCUCCAAUUAAUUUGUGCAUUGCGCAAACCCAGCUCAGGUUUCUUAUGGAGCUGUCGAAGACAAUCCCUGGUGCACUUGCGACAGAUGAGGAUGAAAUCGAGGAGGAGGCUAUGGCUGAGCUUCCCAAAUCUACCGUGGAAACGGCAAGGCAGAUGACGGAUGACACACAUGGGGCUGAGGACAAGAUUGCUUCUCCAGCCCAUCAAGAGCCUGAGAUUGGGUCUAGCCCCGAAACACGGACGAAACUGGACUUUUUGUUUGAAGCUCCGAAGGUGGCACUGGAGUUGUUGUUAGCAAAGGAGCAAGAGCCUGUUGGCGAUGUCGAAUCGGCUAGCUUGUCCAGGUUUGCGCUCAAUGACACCAAAGUCAAAGUGCGCAUGAUGACAGAUGAAUCACUUGAGUCAGAACUACUGAUAAAUUCUUUUACAAUCAAGGAUAGUCGAAAACGCGAAACAAACAAAUUCAGGAAGAUCAUGUCCCUCAUUAACGAUGACGUUAAACAGCAAUUCAUGGCUAGUGUGACUAUUUCAGGCGGCAAAGAGAAGCAUAUGAUCGCUAUGUUGACUAUCGACAGCCCCAGGGUCAUCAUGGCGAUAGAUUACCUCCUCGCAGUACAAGCUUUUACACAAAGCGCGUUUCCUUCCGAACAGUCUCUAGAAAUCGAUGGAAACACGCAGGGAGCUCUUAUGGAUGAUGAUACAGACAGCGUCUUGACUACCCCUAUCGAUACUCAACGACUUUCGCCUGAAACGCCUGCAGUCGAUGACAAAAAAGAGAAUUCAACGAGCAUGUCUUUCCGCAUUAACGUGGUUGACGCUCAAGUGAUUCUCAUUGCAAACCCAGCCAUUCCUAAUUCCGAGGCAAUCGUACUCGGAACUAAACAAGUAUUGGUCUCCCAACAGAAUGCUUCAACCCUCCAGAUUUCACGUAUUGGCAUGUUUCUUUGCCGUAUGGACAAGUUCGACACAAGUCGUCUACGUAUUUUGGAUGACUUUUCUAUUACCAUGUCAAUGGACAGCCGCUCGCAGGGAAAGCAAUCUUCUUUGACUAGCAUCUCGAUCGAUAUUGAGCCUUUGGUACUUCGUCUAUCUCUUCGCGACAUUCUACUCGCUCUACAGAUCGUCAAUAAGGCUUCGGAAAUAAGCAACAGUGUGAGCGGGACAGAUAAACCCUCCGAUCCUGAGCCUGAACGCAUCAAGGAAAUUACUGGCCAAGGCGCGGCAUCAACAAAACGAAAAUCAGUCGUUGGCAAGCCUGGCUCCACUAUCGCACAGCGUACAGCCAAGACAGCAAACUCGCGAACCUCAAAAGCUCCGUCAGAGCUAACCAGCCGAGAGAGCUCUAUCAUGAUGAAACGUGAAGAGAUGACUGCUACUAUAGAGGGGAUCAGAGUGAUCUUGAUCGGCGACCUACAUGAGCUACCAUUACUGGACUGGAGCGUCAAGAAAUUCAACGUCGACGUGCGCGACUGGUCAACGUCAAUGAACGGCGAUACAAUUUUUGACACGUACAUUAAUGUGUAUAACUUCUCGAAGUCAGCUUGGGAACCGUUGAUCGAACCAUGGCAACUGGGCUUUGCAUGUAUCAAAGGAUCAGAAUCCUGA